AGUCGCCCCAAACAACUUCUCUCUGCCUCAGUUCUCGAUUUUCCACCAACCAGGAUGCAGUCCAGAGAUUCCUACCCCCACCCACUUGCAUCCUGAGUUUUCAGCUUCUAUAAGCUACCUGUCCCCCAACUCUGGACUCUGUACCCAGCCCAAACCCCAGUCUGAGGCAGCUCAAUUUUUGCUGGGGCAUGGGAACAGUUUGCCCACUCUGCCCAGGGGAGUCUCUCCUCCAAGAAAACAGAUGAGUAAUGGUGGUGUCCCCCCGAGAAGACUACACUGAAACCUCAGGCUAUCCUGCUCUGCACCGUACAGGGACAGGGACCAGAGUUCGCCCCAUAGCUAGGCUCCUGAGCUAGGCCAGGGCUCUUGUGUAGCCCAGUGCUCUGGCUAGGAGGGGGCCACACUGCAUGCCUAAUCAGCUAUUUAAGGAGCUGUGGACCAACCAGCCAGCCAAGCGCCCCCCCUCCCCACGGAAGCCCGCCAGAGCCACCUUAAAAGCAAAAGGCGAUUGGGAAGUCACUGGCCAACAAGUGAAGACUGCAGGAGAUAAAAGAGGGCAGAGGCAGAAGCAGCAGAUUUGUCUGGGGGCAGGGGAGCCAGAAAUUCAGGGCACCCUCCUAAAAGCCAACCCCCUUGGAGGCCCCCAGACACACACACACACACACACACACAUACAUACACACACACACACACACACACACACCUCCCUCUUACUCCACACCUUCACUAGCGGUCCUCCAGGCCCAAACUUCCAGCACUUGGUGCUCCCUCCUGGGAUACCAUGUUCUCCUUCACCCUGCUGCUACAAGGGAUCUGGAUCCUGGCUGCAGACGCGGGUCAUCACUGGACCUACGAGGGACAACAUGGUCAAGACCACUGGGAAGCCUCUUACCCGGAGUGUGGGAGCAAUGCCCAGUCCCCCAUCAAUAUCUGGACAGACAGCGUGGUUUUUGACCCUGACUUGGCUGUCCUAAAGCUCGUCGGCUAUGAGCAGCCUGUUGCCACCCCUUUGGAGCUGCACAACAACGGCCACACAGUACAACUCUCUCUGCCCCCUACCCUCUAUUUGGAGGGGCUCCCCCGAAAAUAUGUAGCCGCUCAGCUCCACCUGCACUGGGGGCAGAAAGGAUCCACUGGGGGCUCUGAGCACCAGAUCAACAGUGAAGCCACAGCAGCAGAGCUCCACAUCGUGCAUUAUGAUUGCGAUUCCUAUAACAGCUUGAGUGAGGCUGCUCAGAGCCCUCAGGGCCUGGCCGUCCUGGGCAUCCUAAUUGAGGUAGGUGACACUGAGAAUCCAGUUUAUGAGCACAUUCUCAGUCACUUGCAUGAAAUCAGGCACAAAGAUCAGAAAACCUUGGUGCCUUCCUUCAACAUGAGAGGGCUGCUACCUCUGCAGCUGUGGCAAUUCUUCCGCUACAAUGGCUCACUGACCACACCACCCUGCUACCAGAGUGUUCUCUGGACAGUCUUCAGCCAGCGGGCCCAGAUCUCCAGGGCACAGCUGGAAAAGCUUCAAGAGACACUGUUCUCCACGGAAGAGGGGUUAUCCUCUGAGCUCUUGGCACAGAACUACCGAGUCCCCCAGCAGCUCAAUCAGCGCACAGUCUUCGCUUCUUUCAUCCAAGAGGAGUCCUUAUACACCACAGGUGAAAUGCUGAGUCUAGGUGUGGGGAUCCUGGUUGGCUGUCUCUGCCUUCUACUGGCCAUCUAUCUGAUUGCUAGAAAGAUCCGGAAGAAGAGGAUGGGAAACCGGAAGAGUGUGGUCUUCACUUCAGCACGUACCACAGAGACCUAGGUGUCCCCUCAGCCACAGGGUGCUUCUAAAAUGGGGCGCAAGGACUAGAUAGAAACAACUGACAACAUACAACUCUCCUUCCCCUGGACAGCCCCUAUGGAGAGACAUAUCAGGCUCUCAAAGAAAAAACAGCAGCUCCCAGCCUCCCAGAACUUGUAGAAGGAAAUCAGGACACACUGAUGCUUUCACCAGAGGGUAAACUGAGUUUAGUUGUAGAAGUUAGGGAGGUACCCCAAACCCUCCACUCCUGCUCUUUCAUGUGCCAAUCCCUGUAUGUAGUGAAAGAUCUCCCUCUACGAGAAAGGGUUGUUAGUAUUGGGAGAUAUAUAUUGAUUUUGGUUUAGUGUACUUGGAAAUUAAAGUUUCCGAUCCCA